CCGAUCGCGGCCUGGGCCUGGGAGUUGCGACCCGGUUUCGCCCGCGGCCGGGGGCGGUCUGAGCGCAGCGGCCGGCUCGCACCAGCGGCCCUCGAGUGUCCGGCCUCCGGGACGCGUCUCCGCCGCCAUGGCCGCCGCCGCGGGCUUGCGGGCCUUCGGGGCGAAGCGGCCCGGCUGGCUCGGGCGCGGCCCGUGGGCUCCGCUCGUCGCCGGCCUCUGCAGCGGCGGGCUGGCCGGGGCCGGGCGGCCGGAGCCGGGGUCCCGACCCACCAGCGUGCGGCAGCAGGACGGCAUCAGGAAGAUCGUCUUGAGCAAUCCAGAGAAGAGAAACGCGCUGUCGCUGGCAAUGCUGAAAUCUCUCCAAAGUGACAUUCUUCACGAAGCUGAGAGCAAAGAUCUGAAAGUCAUUGUCAUUUCAGCUGAGGGGCCUGUAUUUUCUUCUGGGCAUGACUUAAAGGAACUGACGGAUGAGCAAGGCCCAGAUUAUCAUGCUGAAGUGUUUCGAACCUGUUCUGAGGUCAUGAUGCUGAUCCAGAAUCACCCCGUGCCCAUCAUUGCCAUGGUGAACGGCUUGGCCACUGCUGCCGGGUGUCAGCUGGUGGCCAGCUGUGACAUCGCCGUGGCGAGCAACAAGUCCUUUUUCGCCACUCCGGGUGUGAACAUCGGGCUCUUCUGCUCCAGCCCUGGGGUCGCCUUGGGGAGAGCAGUGCCGAGAAAGGUCGCCUUAAAAAUGCUUUUUACUGGGGAGCCCAUUUCUGCUCAGGAGGCCUUGCUCCAUGGGCUGCUCAGCAAAGUGGUGCCUGAAGAACAGCUGGAGGAGGAGACCAUGAAGAUAGCAAAAAAGAUUGCCUCCUUGAGCCGUGUUGUGGUGUCUUUGGGCAAGGCCAACUUCUACAAGCAGCUGCCCCAGGACCUUAGAACAGCCUACUACCUCACCUCCCAGACCAUGGUGGACAACAUAGCCCUGCCAGAUGGGCAGGAGGGAAUCAAGGCCUUCAUCCAGAAGAGAAAACCUGUCUGGUCACACUAGCCGACCUUAUCAGAGACUGGAGGGGAGUGUGCCCAGUGGGCAGUGCUCAGACAUCCCCACCCCAUGCCUUCUGGUCCCCAAACACCACUGCUGCCUUAUGAUUGUAACGUUAGUAAUGGUUUCACUGCAUGUGGUCUGUGUUAAAAGCCAUGAUCUCUUGGGGAAAAGAGGGAGUGGAGAGUCAAAUGAAGUGCUUAAGGGUAGUGAGUGCCUCUGCCAGCCGGCUAGAAAGGCCGCUAUUUGAUAUACUCCUUCACAGGACCCUCAGUGAGGGAUCACCCUGACAUGGGGGAGGCGAUGAUAAACUGAGACAAGAAAGAAGGAUGCUAACUAGACUGCACUAUAGAAAUGUGCCCUGAGGCGCAGGUAGUUCUGGUUGCCCAAGAGAGGUGACACAUGUCCAGUCUCCACGAGACACUCUCCUAACUGAAAAUCUUCUUGAUUCUAUUGAGAAAUUAUCAUGCCUAUGGCUUUGGAAUAAUCUUACGUGAUUUAAAAAGAUUAAAUAUUUAGAGAGACUGGUAAUUUUAUCUUCCCAACCAGACUAUAAGCUGUCUGAGAGAGAAAAGUAUCAAUUAACUCGUUCCUUGUAAGGCCAGGCUGAUGGGCGGGUGGUAGGUUCCUGAUGUUCCUGUAAGGACUGUCCUGGCCGCCCAAGGUACUGUGACACCCGGGCCUUGGGCCAAACCUGAAGACAAAAACACAGAGGAGAGGUGGGAGGGACACAGAACACGCGUUCUACCCGCUGGGAGUCGCCUGCUCCGGAUGCACUUCCAAACUCAGCUCAGCUUCUGGUCAAGAAUCCAAACUAGCAUCAGGCGUGUGAGGCCCCGACUAAGCAAGUGUUUGGAUUAGGACCUAAACAUGUUGCUUUCUGGCUUCUGGUCCAAUAUGGCCCAAGAAAUGUCCUAAAUCUCUUGUCCUCCAGCUUGUCCGUAGGGCUGAUUUUUUUUUUUUUUUUUAAGCCAGUUUAUUUUCCCUAAGAGUAGAAGUGGCCACGAAUGUGACUGGUACCCCUGCCAAGGAUAAAGACACCAUGUGGUUCUCACUGAGGUUGCUGGGGCGGCCACGUCUCGGUGUGGAGAGCCCCUGGUGCUUUCACGGGUCUCUAUGGAGACUGGCAAUAUUUUUCUUUGCUAGAGUCUAGAAAGGUGAAAAAGAGUGCUUUCUUGGAAAGAAGGAGCUUGUUACUCAGAGUUUCCUCACGAGCAGAAAGAUGGUUAGAGCUACGUUUACUGGACUCCUGGUGUGUGCCGGGUACCCUCUGUACUCAGAGAUGAGUAGUUGAGACCCGCUUGUCAAAGGUCAAACAGCUGAGACUGGAUAGAGUGAGGGUUCCAACCCUUGCCUGAUGAAGCCAUGGAUGCUCUUUCUCCUGUGGCCACCUCAUGGGGAGAUCCUGGGCGGGGGUGAGGCCAGCCUGAAGACGACUUUCCUGCUCCACGGCAGCUUUCCAAAUGAAGGAACGGACCGAGUAGCCUUCCUACAGAACUUAGCCCGCGCACAAGGGACAUCAGAUUUGACUAUUGACAGACCACUGCUGGAGUUUGCACUACGGAGCUAACAAGCAGCUGGCUAAAAUUCCAGACUAGCUUGUGAAGGCCUGGGCUGUUGUGGUCUGCUCAAAAAUAAUGCCGUCAGCGGGGCCCUACCGCCCCUUCCUCCCCAGGCGGCCUGCUGUGGAGGUUGGCCCUUGGCAGAUCGCAUAGUGUGGAGAGAGUGUUACAAACUCUCUGGGCUUUGGAGAAACGAACAAAGCCUUCUCACACAUUUGGCAAACGAAAAUCAAAAGUUAACUUCCCGUUUCUGUGUGAGCUGCACUGCACCCUCAGACCGUGAGAUCCCCAGGCCUCUGGGCUGGCGUCCCAGCCUGUGAGCUGAUGUGCACUCAGGGGCUAGCUAUAAAUCUUAAUUGUCGCCUGUGCAGAAAACAAUCCAGAAGGAAAAUCUGCUACCAAGCCUCCAGUGUCGUAUAAUUCACCCCCAUGGCUAAUAUAAAUCAGAGGUUAAUUUGUAUCUCUGCUUCCUUCCACUGGGCUAUUGCAUAAAAAUUCUCUGAUAACCACACUUGAUGAUUGCUUUUGGAAAGCCUGGUAUAUUCAUCUUUCUCUCUGUACCAUUUGCUUCUCAGGGAGCUUUGCUGAGCUCAGCCCAGCAGACCACACCCCAGCAGGUCCAGGGGCUAAGAAGUCAGUGAAAUGGAUAUUCACUCAUGCUGGCCCUGAGUAAGAGAUCACCCCGAAGGCUGGCGUGAGCCCUGGAGAGUAUAAACAAAUGGAGUGAAGGGCAGACACCAGCUCCCUGAUUAACUUUACAUCAGUGACUUUGGGGGGAGUUGCCACUCGAGAGCACGUGCUGAUUUAACGAGCCUCAGUUCGUGCCAGGCAGCCCGUGGAGUAGCUCGUACUACCCCCUGCUGUAUGGGAGCUCAGAGAAGUUAAGACAUUUGCCACAGUUAAGCCAGCAUGUGGGUUUGGAUUUACAUCAUUCUGGAUCCUGUGCGCCUGACCACCACAACACAUUCCUCCCAACAUACCGAAAAGAUCACCGUUCCAGCCUGGAGAGUCAGACCACCAGUGCUCUCAAAGGAAGCCAACCAGAAUGCAGACCAGGGCAGCGCAGUGUUGGGGAUUCAGAGGAAAGCCCGGAUUUGAACGCCAAGAACGCCGAGUUCUGGUCCCAGGUCUGACAUGGACUGGCUGUGUCACCGUGUGGAGGUGACAUACCCUCUGUCAGCGCUCAGUUUCCGUCCUAUGAAAAUGACGCCGUUGGACACUCUUGGGCUGUUAGUUCUGACGUUCCAGAUUCUACAGUACAGGGACUGGGAAACUAGCCAAGAAACUUCAAACAGGCAGCUUCUGCUCAAAGAAAGUGCUCUUUACAAAUGGAGAAGAUGGGCAUUUUACCCUGAGAGAUGGUGAACCUUGAAAACACCUGAUUACAUUUGAGAACGAGAAAUCCAGAUGCUCAGAGCUUUGGGGGCCACACCUGAACCUCUGAAAGACAUCAGUGGCUAGGAAGACCCUACAGGAGGCAGAUUCUAUUGAGAUUGGCGAUUACUCUUAAUUUCAUGGAGGGGCGUUAUUCACCCCUUCCUCUCUCCUUCCUCUGAAAAGUCACUGCAGUAGGAGCAGCGUUUCCAAAGUGUGACCCCUAUUCCACACUAAAUCUAAUUCUUCUAUUUAGGGAAAAGACUUGAAUAGCUUGCUUUUAAAUUGUUUUUAAACAUUUAAUUAACCAUCAUUAUUUCUUGGCAACCAUCAAGUAGGCAAGAGUUAAAUUCAACAUUAUUGAAGUUGAUGUUACAGUUAAUAAAAUAUUAAAUUUCA